CGGGGCCAAUCCGAACCACACCAAACCGGAAAAUCAACCAACCUUUUCCUUUCCCCAUUUUCUCCACCCACGAACACGUCGUCUCCCCCUCCCAUCCCCCGCCGCCGCCUCCAUCCCUCCCUCCGUUCCCCCACCCCACCAAAACCCUAGCCGCCUCCGGCCCCAGCCCUCCCGCGCUCUCUCCCCCGCAGCCAAGGUCGCCCAGAUCCCCGGAGGCCCGGAUCCCUCGCGCGCUCUAGGGCUUCCGGGCCCCACCGCCCGCCCCGCAUCUGACUCGGUGGGGGUGUUCGGGCUAGGGUUGGCUCGCCAUGCCUCGGAGCUCGCGCCACAGGUCGCACCGGUCCCACAGGCGUGGAGGGUCCGCGGACCGGUCGGAGUCGGAGGGCGAGGAGGCGGCGUCGGCCGGCGCGCGGGAGGAGGUCGCGGCGGCUAGGGUUUCGCGAGAUCCCGAGUCCGAGAGGCGCCGCUCGUCGUCGGGGAAGGAGGCCGUGAGGUCGGGAAACGGGUACGCGGAUCACGGGAAGAAGAGGAAGGAUAGGGUCGAGGAAGCCGUGGUGGAUGUGGUUAGCGACCGGUGGAACAGCGGCGUCUGCGAGGAUCACGUGGUCGAUAAGAAGUCCAAGAGUGAGGUGCAUGGGACUGUCGAUGGGGAGAAACCGGCGGAUAAGUCCAAGGGAUCAGGGGAUGAGUCCAAGAGAACAAGCAGGCGGUCGGUGGUUUCGGAUGACAGGGUUGAGGAGGUUGUGUUGAAGAGCGACUCUGGGAAGCGGCGGUCAGAGAAGAAGGAUUUGGGGAGGAGAGAGAGUACUGGGCAGUACAAGGAUGACAGAAAUAGGGAGAGAGAGAAGGAGAGGGAAAGGGAAAGGGAAAAAGAAUGGGAGAGGCAGAAAGAGCGAGAUAGGGAAAGGAGUAGGGACAGAGAGCGGGAGAAGGAAAGGGAACGGGAGAAGGAGAGGGAGGAAUGGGCACGGGAGAAAGAUAGGGAUCGAGAGCGGGACAGGGAGCGAGAGAGACAAAAGGACCGGGAGAGGGACAAGAAAGACUAUGAUUCCAAGCAUGAGAGGUAUGAGGAUGGGAUUAGUAGGAAGGGUGUCUCAAAGGUAAACAGGAUGGAAGAGGAGGCUUAUUCAUAUAGGAGAGAUAUAGAGAUCAAUGAAAUUCCGUCAAAGGAGUAUUACAGUAAUCCCGAGAAGCAACCUGACAAACACAGCCGAAGAAAGGAUGAUUCUGAAGACACAGAUAAGUGGCCUGCUGACAAUAGAGACAGUGAUGAUAGAAAGACUCUGUCCAGAUAUGAACAUGGUAAAGCUAGGAAUUCUAAGGAACAAAGGUUUGAGGAUGACAAGUACAAAGAAAAGUACAAGGAUGACUAUGGAAGGGAUAGAAGACAACAAGAUGACAGGUUUCUUGAUGAGCGCACGACCCGAGAUCAUGAAAGUGAUAGGGCUGAUUAUAAGAGCGCUAAAGAUGGGCACAAAAGCUCAGAGAGCCAUUACAGAAAGGAUGCAGUUCAAGAUGGUGAUCAUUAUGAUGAUUAUGGCAGUAGGUAUAAGGAAAGUAGAGGGAGAAAAAGACCUCCUGAGGAAAAUGACGACCAAUAUGAUUUAAAGACUCCAAGUGCACGGGAUCGUGUAAAUUUGGAAAAAUCUUCAGGCAGUGGGCGUUUGGAUUCUCUGAUUGAGAGAGGAAGACCUGAUCGUAGUUCUAGUCCAAGUAAACUCCAUGCAAGAAGUUCACCCAGCCCAGGUUCUCAUCACGACAAAGAUCAAAGCCGUGGAUUGAUUUCCAGGCAUGGAUCUAAACCGACAGAUCAUCGAAAGAGAGAAAUACUGUGUGAUGAGAGAACUAUUCGACCAAGAACAUCUUCUGUGAGAGAAAGGACACCUGCCUCUAGACUUCGUGAUAGGGAUGCAGAAAAUUGGUCUUCAGAAAGGCUCAAACAGAAGGAUGAUCACCAGUCUCACAUCGUACCAUUGGAAAUCUCUACAUCGUCACAGUAUGACCGCACACCUCGGAAAGAUAAGCAUACUUCACCGAAGAAAUUAUCUGAAAAAUCUCCAUCUUCAGGCGACCAAAGGUUUUCAGGUAGGCUUAGUGAUGGGCGUAGUUUUGAUAAUAAAGGAGAAAGAAACAGCAUUACAAAAUACAGAGAUCGAGAUGGUGACCUGUCCCAAGAACGGUCACUUCAUCAAGAUCGCACACCAGCUAAAGUUCCGUUCAGGGAACCAACACCUUCUGGUUCAUCCAUAAGCAGAGGUGGCCAUUUUUCAGGCACUUCACCGAAUCAUUCUCUGCCACCCUCUGUGAGGCACAGAAGUGAUGAUUCUUCUUUCCUGGGUUCACAUGAUGAUGACCGUAGACCUCAAAGUGGAGAUAGGAGGUUCCAUGGCCAUCAAAAGAGGAAUGAUAUUAAUUCUGGACGUGGACAUGGACAUGCCUGGAACAAUCCACCAAACUGGCCUUCUCCAGUUGCAAAUGGUUUUGUCCCUAUCCAGCAUGGUGCUCCUGGAUUUCACCCACCUGUCCAUCAGUUUCCUGGCCCACCUAUGUUUAACCUUAGGCCUCAAAUGAAAUUGAACCAACCUGGAGUUUCAUAUCCCAUGCAUGACGCUGUUGACAGGUUUUCGACCCACAUGCGCCCAUUUGGGUGGCCUAAUCCUCUGGAUGAAUCAUGCCCACCUCACCUGCAAGUUUGGAAUGGAGGCAGUGGUGUGUUUCCUGGUGAACCCUAUAUGUAUGGUAGGCAAGAGUGGGAUCAGAACAGACCACAUGCUGGCAGCAGAGGAUGGGAGGUGACUGGUGAUGCAUCGAAGGGACUAAAUGAAGUGCCUGAUGCUGAACUUCCAGUUGCUAAGGAGCCGGACUGUGCAGCAACUGCUAUUUCCGAGUCUUCUGGUGGACAACACAACCUUCAGUCUCAGAUCAAGCAAAAAGAAAUUGAACACUUGACAUCAGAAAACUGUGAAGCAAAGGAUGAUUCUAAAAGUGCCUUGAAAAGUUUGGAAGCUCCUCAAGGAGAAUCAGUUAUGACUUCUAUCCUGUCAAAGAAUGGUGCAGUCUUUUCUAAAAGCUAUCUAUCCAGAAUUAGCGUGUCAUAUGAUCUUGUUGAGUCAGAGUUGUACAAAAGGUGUAUAUCCUUGCUGGGAGACUUGGGUGUAACCAAAGCCCCUCUGGAGGUUAAGAAUGAACCUAUUCAGAACAAUGGAAAUAUUGGAAAGGUAACUAGAAAACAUGGAAGCCCCAAUCCUUUCAGUUCACUUUACCUGAAGAGUAACAGUACUAUCUUUCAGAGAGCUAUGGUCCUUCACAAGAAUCAGAUAGGAAAGGGUUUAGUUCCUACUAAGAUGGACUUACCAGAAGAUUCUCAUGUCACAGAAAUGCUUGACAGUACUCCAAAGGAACCAGUGGUGAGCAACCCUGCUCCACUCAAUUGCCCUGAUAUUAUUGAGGAAGGGUCAACGUCAAAACUGGAACCUGGUGAUGGCAUGGGGACGGCAAAUCCAGCAACUGCAGAAUCUGGUGGUGGGGAGGAACCUCCAGCAAUCAGUCAACCUGAUGUAGAGAUGGAGGCGGUGGCACGACCAGCAAUCACAGAACCAGAAAUUGAAGUACCUACUGAUGGCCUGGAGGAUAGUGCGCCACAAGUAACUCUAGAACUUGCUGUUGAUUUGCCGGAAGCUACACCUGCUGAUGGCCUGGAGGAUGUUGCACCUUCAGCCGUUGGUGAAUCAGGUGAUAGCAUGGAGGUUAUGCCUCCUGCCAUCACAGAACCUAACAUUGGCAAGGAGGAUGCUCCUGCUGUUGCUAGUCCUGACGGUCAAGAGAGACCCUCCAUCAUGCAUGCCAGUGCUGAGACAGGUAUGGAAGAAGAGAUUGAUAAAGUUAUCGAUGAUAAUCCUGGGGAUGGUGAGGUGAACUCAUCUUUCCUUGCCCCCGAGUUGGAUGUCGCUGCAAGCGAUGCUCAUGAUUCUGAAGCUAUGUUGGUGGAAAGUAGGGUAAAUUUAACUCGGAUACCUAAUUCCCCAGAAAGUACACAUUGAACUCCUUUUUAUUCCAUUUUUAAUUCCUUUUUGUCUGA